AUCAAUUUAGAUACAAGAAACAAGAGGCUCUCAAAUGAAAAAAAUGAGAAUUUCAAGAGUUUCCUUGUUUGCAGUCCUUUUGUUACUUGCAGUUUCAUUGGCAAGUUCUGAUUCAGUUCUUGAGCCCUUUCUUAAAUGCCUUGACAAGCAUUCAGAGCCCUCUUACCCAGUCUCUGCAGUUGUCUAUACUCCCACUAAUUCUUCCUAUCCUUCUGUUUUACAAGCAUACAUUCGAAACCUUCGAUUCAACGAAUCAUUCACUCCAAAACCGAAGCUUAUAAUCACUGCAUUGCACAAGUCACACAUCCAAGCAGCCAUUAUCUGUGCUAAAAGAUAUGGCCUACAGAUGAAAAUCCGAAGUGGAGGCCAUGACUAUGAGGGCGUCUCAUACUGGUCCGACUCUCCAUUUUUCAUCCUUGACAUGUUCAACUUUCGAUCCAUCAAUGUCAGCAUAGAAGACGAGACCGCUUGGGUUCAAGUCGGUGCAACUCUUGGGGAAGUCUAUUACAGGAUUGCUGAGAAAAGCAAUACCCAUGGCUUCCCUGCCGGAGUAUGCCCCACAGUCGGUGUUGGAGGCCAUUUUAGCGGAGGUGGUUAUGGUAACAUGAUGAGAAAAUAUGGUUUAUCGGUUGAUAACAUUGUCGAUGCCCAGAUAAUUGAUGUCAAUGGUCGACUUCUCAACCGAGAAACUAUGGGGGAAGAUUUGUUCUGGGCCAUUACAGGAGGUGGAGGCGUGAGCUUUGGAGUGGUUUUUGCGUACAAAAUAAAGUUGGUUGCUGUCCCUGCCACAGUUACUGUUUUCAAUGUUGCGAGAACGCAUGCGCAAAACGCAACAGAUAUUGUUUAUCGGUGGCAACAUGUUGCUGAUAAGUUGGAUGAAGAUAUCUUCAUCAGACUCAUCGUGGAUGUUGUAAAUGUAACCAGCUCAAGCGGAGAAAAGACAAAGACAAUACGAGCUUCGUUUUUUACUUUGUUUCUUGGAGACUCCAAGAGACUCCUCUCUCUCAUGAAACAUGGCUUUCCCGAGUUGGGUUUGAAAGAAGCAGACUGCAUCGAAAUGACUUGGGCUCAAUCAGUCCUGUACUAUACUGGCUUCCCCAUUGGAACACCGGUCAGUACUCUGCUAAGCAGGGUUCCUCAAGUACUGACCCAUCUCAAGAGGAAAUCAGAUUAUUUGAAGGAACCAAUGCCGAAAGAUGGUUUGGAAUUCAUAUGGAAGAAGAUGAUCGAACUGGAAAAGCCCGUGUUGACGUUCAAUCCCUACGGUGGAAAGAUGGCGGAGAUUCCAGCAUCUGCAAAACCAUUCCCACAUCGAGCAGGAAACAUAUGUAAGAUUCAGUACGCGACCAACUGGAAUGAAGACGGAGCUGAAGCAGCAAUCCAUUACAUAAAUUUGACGAGAAUGUUGCAUGGUUACAUGACUCCAUAUGUGUCCAAGUCCCCAAGGGAGGCAUUUCUCAACUACAGAGAUCUUGAUUUGGGAAUCAACCACAAUGGCGCUAACAGUUAUGCUGAAGGUGCUGUUUAUGGGAUCAAAUAUUUCAAGGGUAACUACAAAAGAUUGGUGCAAACAAAGACUAAAGUGGAUCCUCAUAAUUUCUUUAGAAAUGAGCAAAGCAUCCCAACUCUUCCAUCUGCCAGGAAGUAAAGUGAUGAAGUCUAUGUAAUAUAGAUCAAAUCCCAACUCUUCCAUCAUUUGUAUCCUUGAUAUUGCUUUUUAAUUGUUCAAACAGAGAAAAAUAACUUGGCGUUCUAUUAUGUAAGAACGGCCAAAAAAAUAAUUAAAUAAAUAAAUGAUAUGAAAUUGUACCAUAUUUCAUUAGUGAAAUUAUUCAGUAGUGUCGAAAUCUUAUGUAAUAUUAUUUACCUCGUGUUUCAAAUCAAUACAUAGUCAAAAUUUUUACAGGUGUGA